AUGGCAGGCAACGAGCCCACGCUCUCGUCUCGCGCGAACCAGUAUAUCCGCGAGGUCCUGCACAACACCGAGGCCCCGCCUGCGAUACCCGUCCGCUACUUCUACACAUCGCCGCUCGCUAUAGACGACCCGCUGUCUCCGCUCCCGCCGCCGCCAACGGGCACCUCGACGGCCAAGAGAGUGCCGCCGCGGCCCUUCUCGCAGUACGACAACGACGCCAUCCAGGAGUCGUGGCUGGACCUGCGCAAGAAGAUUCUGAAGCACAAUGAGGAGUUUGGCGAGAAAGACGCGACGGGCCGUGGCACGCCCACCAACCCGGCCGUCGAGAGACUGAAGAGGAAGAGAGGCGCUAGCGCUUCCAGCGAGGAAGGCUCGAUCCAGGGAAGGGACAUACCUUCUGGCCGCUCAUCAAGCCGAGGGCAGUACUCGAGGUCUGCCGAGCUGGUCGACAGGAAGACACCCGGCUCUGGCUCUGGCUCUGGCUCUGGUUCUGGCAGUUACGGCCAGUCCAUGUCUGGCUCACUCAAGGCAUACGACCCUGGCCCAAUAUCUCCCCUCGAGCCUGCGACUACCGGCACGCCUUUCAUCCGAGCCCCGUCCAGAGGCAAUCUGGCCAAGUCAUGGAAGCCGGCGCCCAUGGAAGGAGGCCAUCGCCCGACUAUCCACGAAGUCGACAGCUACAAGUGGGAUGACGACAUGGAGCCUGCUCUGUCCACUGCCAAAGACAAGGCGCCUGCCGGAAGAUCCUCCAAGCCGAAACCAGGGCCUUCCGCAAAGGUGCCUGUGGGUGUCUCGAGACUACACCAUGUCGUCAUGGACACUGACGCAAUACGCAUGGAGCCUAUAUACUGGUCACCGCUCAGCGAUGUCGCUCAGAUUGUUAGAGGGACCUGGUUCUACAAGGACAGCAUGAUGCCCGUCGAGGUUGAGGUCGCCAACAUGCUCGAAGCCGGAUACAUCGAGCUGAAGCCCUGGACCCAGACGUGGACGGACGAGUUGAAUAGUGCCGUCGAGGUUGGUGCACUUGGAGAGAUGAAGAUACUACACCACCUAUGGCCCGAGAGACCUAGGAGGUCCGAGAGUAGACCUUCAACCUCGCAAGGCAUAAUGCAAUCAGCCGGUCUUGUUCAGAACACCCUUCCAGACGACGACGACGACCCGGAGAAGGAGCGACGUGAGACGGUGGAAAACGCGUGCGACCUCAUCGACAUCUCCACAGGUCCAGGGGGACCAGACCACAAGGCAGCUGGAGACCUGGAGUACGGUGCCGACGGAAGGAAGCGCCUAUAUUUGAAAGCGGGCGUCAUAUACUCCAACGACAAAGAGGCUUUCAUCCUCAAGCCAGCUCUUCAACCGUCAGACUACUACGGGCGACGACCAGUAGCAAACUAUAUUCGCAAGGGCAGAGCCAUUGGUGUACACGUCGUACGUGGCUUUGAUCAGGCCAUCUGGGAUAAGCUGCAUCCUAGCAAGAACACGCCAAAGGCACAAGCAGCGCGCGAAGGUGUCUCAUCUUCACAAGGCGGCGCGCCGCAAUAUCGGAGGCAGAAGUCGGACCCCGAACUCGCGCAGUCAGAGAGACCGAAAGUGUCAGAUCUAGUGUUGGUGAUACACGGAAUUGGGCAGAAGUUGUCGGAGAGAAUGGAGACAUUUCACUUCACGCAUGCGAUGAACGCCUUUCGACGAGAGAUGAACGUCGAGCUUGGAACCCCGGAUGUGAAGCGACACUUGAGGAAGGACAUGGGAGGCGUCAUGUGUUUGCCAGUCAACUGGCGGCAUCGCGUGUCCCUCGAUGUCGACAACACUGAAAACCCCGAGCUCGAAGAUCCCUCCGCGAACAAAUACACGCUCAAGGACAUCACCCCAGAUACGCUACCCUCGGUCCGUGGCAUAGUCAGCGACGUCAUGCUCGAUAUUCCAUACUACCUGUCGCCCAUGCACAACCCCAAGAUGAUAUCAGCUUGUAUACAAGAGGCGAAUCGCAUCUAUCGCCUGUGGUGCCAUAACAACCCAGGAUUCGCAGAGUAUGGGCGAGUGCACUUGAUCGCUCAUUCGCUCGGUUCGGUAAUGGCCAUCGAUAUCCUGAGCCAACAGCCAACCUAUGUUGAUCCUCAAUUUACUGACCCUUCGUUCCCUGAAGCCGACCUACCACAAGAUCAGUUCAUCUUCAAUACUACCGACCUCUUUGUCUGUGGUAGCCCUGUUGGCCUCUUCCUCCUCAUGAAGAACGCCAACCUGCUUCCGCGUCGCGACAAAGAGAAGCCAGGUGCAGAUUCGUAUGCUGCUCCCGGUGUGGCCGGCGAGCAAGGCACCUAUGGAUGUCUCGCUGUCGACAACAUCUACAACAUCAUCAACCCCUACGAUCCUGUCGCCUGUCGCAUAAAUCCAACCGUCGAUGUCGUAUACGCCUCUAUGCUGAAACAAACAACCAUCCCGUCAGCAUCGACAUCCUACUUCGCCUCUCUCAACCCUUUCCGCUCUUCCACUUCCAACUACAACAACUCUUCAAACAACAAGCCAACGCCCAUUCGUCUGCCCAGCAAUGUCGAGCUCGAGACCCAUAACUUCACACGCGAGGAAAUUGCCGAGAAGAGAGCCUAUCUGCUCAAUGAUAACGGCCAGAUUGACUUUUACAUGAAGUAUGGUGGUGGACCAUUGGAGAUUCAGUACUUGACCAUGCUAGGUGCACAUAGUAGUUAUUGGAUCAACAAAGAUUUCGUUCGGAUGAUAGUUGUUGAGGUGGGGAGGGGCUUAGGAAAGGACGGCACGAUUAGGGAGAUGAGAGUACAGAAGAAGAAGUUGGCUGUUGGUGGAGCAGCAUAG